AUGUCUUCAUAUAUAUUGAUGGACAUAUUGCUGGACGAGAAUGGCGGUGGUGCCGUUACAGCAACAGCAAUUUAUGCUGCACUCUCGAAGCAACUUGGAAUAAUGUUUGGCGAUUACGGAUAUGCGGCAGCGAAGCUGUCACUCAACGUCAAGGUAUUUGAUGCGGAAACAGCAACCGUUGUUGUAAGGAUAUCGAAAGAAUCAGCGCAGCGCUUGCUUUCAACUGUACCAUUUGUGCGCAGUGUUGGUAACAUACCAGCAGUACUGGAAGUGCUUUUUGUUGGUUAG